CGAAGAGACUGUAACUUCGCAAGAGAUGUAACGCAGAGAAUGCACCAGAGACUGCGUUUCCGGUGCACAUCGUCCUCGCAUGAGAGUGUGAACUCAUUGCUCGAGAAAUAUUCUCUUCAAUAUUCACAAUGAAGAUCACUUAUUGCAUCGUAUCAAAAAAUAUGAAAAUUUAUCAGGAGUUGAAUAUUCAUCGAUUGAUAUUACAAAUUCUAUCUCGCAAAGAUUUAGAUGAAUUUCUUCGAGAAAACUCUGAACUUUUAAAGAAUACCAUAGAUUCGUCGCUGCGGCGAUCAGCUAACAACUCGGCCCGACUACUUUGACGCGCCGCAUCAUGUAUCACAUGUUGCAGCAUCGCGAAAACAUAUGUGCGAACAACAGUGGAUUCGUUGGGGACGACGAAUAUCCCGCCUCCAGGUACAUGCGCACUUACUGCGCCGUAAGUUGAUUCGCUGCCGCGUCAUUAGCGGCAACCAGCCAGACGCAGCUCUCGAUAGUCAAGGAAGAACGCGGGCGCAAACCGUCUGACCAAUCGCGAUGUGUCAUCUCUACGAUCCUAAAAUGAUUGUAGGUAUCGCGAGGUCGAUCUACAAACCGCAGCAUAUAUAUGUAAUAGGUCGCAUAAAUAUUCCUGACAAUGUGCGAAAAGACGCAUUAAAUGGAGUCGAUGACAAGUUUUAUAAUGCUUUCUCGUUGCCCGUCUUGAUCAAUGUAACCGGAGAGAUUCUGAUCUUCCAAUCAUUACGCUAGUAUUAUCUGCGAUUCGUGUGGUUCAUCGCUCGAUGGUCGCGGCCUCGCAAUGACUGAUCGCCAACACUUAUCGUGACAUGAAUUUCUCUUCCUGAUCUUUCUCCCUGCCAUGAAGAGCUAUCUCGAGACCACGCAUUGAGAAGAAAGAAAAGUCACGAGGUCGAACCAGCGGCAUAAGUUUGAUCGAAUCAGUAUGGAAAUUUAGAAACUUUUGCGAGCGAGCAAAUUAAUGCGAUUCUUCGGCCGCUCUAUUUUCAGAAAUUACGAUCUUCUUUCUCCAUCCUUCUGGGAGACUUCGGGUGGCGAUGCAGGUGCGAGUCUUGCACAUGCGAGGAGAACGCGUUUAUACGUAUAUAUAUGUCUCGCAGUCUCGUAGUCUCGCAUAGACCAUCACAUAGGCAUGCCACGUAUAGAUACAGAGAAAGAAAGAAAGAGAGACAAGGAGCGGUAAGCUUUGACCACGUGGUUGUGAUCCCACGACGUCGCAAUUACAGGUGCUUUUUGAAACAAUACAAUAUAUCCUUUCUUCGUGAGUUCAGCAUGUGCGAAAAAUUAAAUGCGUCCGGGUCAUUCUCUCUCUUCGUCUAUAAAUAAUUUGUUACCUAAUCUUUCUAUUCUUUAGAUAUAAUUUUUUUUAAAUACAAAUUUUGUUUUAUAGAAAUUUUCAAUUUUUCUGUCAUUUUUUUCAGAGAUCUAAUCAAGUCUCUCUAGAAGGAUUUGAGAAAAUAUAUGUACUCAUCUUUUUAUAAAAUUCAACCCUUGCGAAGGGAGAUAUUGAUCGAAACUUACACAUUAUAUGAGCUUGCUUCUUGUCACCCGCCUGUUCAGAUCUGCUCGUUAUCAUUAUGUGGCUGGAUUUAUGCUGAUAACAUGGGCCGCGCACAGUUCUGGGAUCGGACCUGGUCGUGCGAACCCGAACACCUGUCGACGACCAUCAGGUAACGUGACAUCACGUCACGUGAUGAGCCGGCGAGCUGGCAAACGCAGCCCCGGACCCACCCCUGACGACCCCGUGACGCGUCCUGACGGUAAUCGGUCUAAUCGACGUCCCGGAGACUUGUUCAUAGGAAUUAGACAUGAAGGAUGAGAUAGAGCUUAACAUCGAAUAGACUUCAAUGCCUGCGUUCAACGUGUCGCAAACACUUUACUUAUAAUCGAAGAAAGAAAUGCGAUUAUGAAACGGGAUGGAAUGCGAUUCGAUUGGUCUGGUAAGAAUUUAGAGAUGAAAGCAUCCGUAAAAUGAGUCAAGCAUGGAUCAGCAGAUACGAACGAGUACUAAUGGAUGAGACAGAAAUCGCCACUCGCAAGCGAGCGACGUACUCCAAGCAAUAGCCACGUCAGAUAGAGAAAGGAGGGAAGAGAGUUAAUCAUUUAGACUAUUUGCCCCGUUGGAACCAGACCAUCUACAGCCCUUCAGUUCCCAGGCCGUUGGCAAAUUGCGGCUUACCGCGCCGGCACCGGUUUUUAUCCUCGCGCGCACCUCAUCCAGAUGAUCAAUGAUGAAAAAUACUAAAAGAAUGGAAGAAAAAGUCAAUGCCAUAGUUGAUGAAAUUCUUGAUGAGGAUCAAGGAAACGAUUUCAAUGUGAUGCGAUCUGAAAGUUGUCCAAGAGAUUGUGAGGAACCAGAUGAUACGCCUAAAGAAGCACUCCACCAAUGUAAGUGCGGUGUAGAAAAUUCGACGAGAUUCUCACUGCGCGUUUUAGAGGCGAUGCGCUCGUUACAGCGUGACUUAAACCAGCCGUCCACUUCCAGCGCCGAUGACAUCGUCGAUUAUAUCCGAGCGAAUUUUCGUCACAAUGGCGAUCUUUAUGCUCAGGUGCGGACUGCGCUGAGGCAGGUCUGUUCUCAAGGGUUAGUUUUCGGCGAGAAUUAACUCCGUCAAAGACAGCCGAAGGUCAGAAAGGCGGAGAGGAUGCGUCUCUCGCGUGCUGAGGACGCGAUCGCGUUUCAAGAUUCGUCAUAGAAUUAUUGAAAGAUGAAUACCACUUGAUUGGUCCUGCGGUGAAAUCAAAUGGCUGUUCCUUGAAUUGCAAAAAUCGUAUAUCAAUGGCAAUAGACGACACAUCAAGAAGACAAAAAAGUCUCAAUAAUCGCAGAAACGGUGUAUGUCGUUGCGAGCGAUUUCAUAGAAGAAACGGACCUCCGCAAGACGCAAGAUCGUUUCACGAGGAAUCUCUCGGAAGAACAUUUACCGUCGAUGAGAAUUCGAUAGCAGAACCGAGGUUUUAUUCAACCAGAAUAUCAGCCGAGGAAAGAAAUAAUGCGGAUCGAGAUACAGAAUUUGAUGCUGAUGAAUUAUUACCCUCUUGUGAUUGCAAUGAUUCGAAUAUCCGAGACGAUCGUCGACAACGUGAUAUUACCGGAAUACGCAAGAUAAAACAACGUGAUGAACAUGCAGAACCGAUUCCUGGACCUUCGAGAGAUUUUGUGAGAACUUUUUCACCGAUUCCAGACAGAAAGCCGAAAAAAGCGCGAUUAGAAGAUCGAAUAGUACAACGGGCGGAUGAAAAUGACGAAGAAACUACUACAGAGGAAGAUAUGGAUUGCACUUGCGAUACAAACGAAAUGACUCGGGUUAUCCGAGAUGAGCAUUCGAGGAGACGACCUUUGGAUCGUACUCGCGUAGUCAUCAGGAACGGACAGCGGAAUGGACAGCGUCGCAAAAGAGAUGAAGAAAAAGAAAACGAAGAGGAUGAAAAAGUGGAAGAGGAAGAUGAAGAUACAGAAGAUAGUGCGUACAGGGAAUUGAGGCCGCGAAUUUCUCGGAGGAAGAAUGCGGCACGUGAACGAGAAUUGAAAAGAUGGAUCCGACGCUGUCGUCAAGAAUGCGAACGACGAAAAGCGCGAUAAUCGCAAAUCAAAGUUGAGUACCAAUUAAAUGUAUUUCUACAAGCUUAAAAAAUUUAUCUAAACAUUAUAUUCUUGAUAUAUUCGUAUGAAAAUUAUUUCGCAUAAAUUUUUGAA